AUGGCGUCAGGAAAUUACAACCCGUACAAUAUCGGACAAUACCCGCAGAGCUCUGCCCAGCAGUACCCGACAUACCAGACGGCGCCGCAAUCCUCGCGCCAGUACCAGCCCAACCCCUCUGUUGCCACGACGCAAGCGACGGACUAUAUGUCGUACCAGGCGCAGUCCUACGGCGGCCAGGGGAACGCAUAUGCUGGAGGGCAGGGCGGUUCUUGGGGUGGGAGCAGUUAUGGCGGCAACCGGGAGACGACAAGCCGUGCCGCUGAAGUGCUCCGCAACAUGAGCAACACGGCCUACACGCCAAACCCCGCAACAGCGGUGACUGCGCCGUCCUUCACUCCGACUAAUCCCUCGGCAACCAAUCCUACGCGGUAUUCGAGUGCAGCCCCGCAAACGCAGCACGUACAUCAACCUCCACAGAGUCACACGACGCACCCCUUAUAUGGACAGUCUCAGGCACGCCCACGCAGCGUAAACACGAACCGCACGCAGGCUGCAACAUCGCACGGAAUCCAAUCGCCUGCAAUGGCCGCUGGCUAUCCAUCUCAGCGGACAGCGAGCCCAGCGCAACCUCAAUAUGGGCAAAGCACACAGACACCUGUCAGCACGGCCAGGACUGCGGCUAUGACUGCGGCGACACAAUACAACGACUAUGGCCGUAACAGACAGCUCCCCAAUCCUGAUGCAUCACGCAAUGCGCAUAACACAGCCGUCUCUGCGUCGUAUAGCUAUGCGGACAACCAGGCGACAGCACCAAUGGCACAGACAACUUCUACGAACGUGCCGGAAUCCUACAAUCAGAGCACGAUCACCGUGGAUCCGAUGGCCGUGUAUGACCCUUGGCCGGAAUACCAGCGCAAGCAGGAAACAUUACGCGCCCAGAAAGCCGUGGAAGAUACAGCCCGCGCCGAGGAGGAAAGGAAGGCCGAGGAAGCGCGUAAAGAAGAGGAGCACAAGAAGGAGGAGGCACGCAAGCGGCAGGAAGAUGAGGAGAAGGCUAGACAAGCGCACUCCAAGCAAAAAGCGCGCACAUCACAAACACAAUCCAGUGCCACUGAAGCUAAUGCGCCAUUUUCUGCCCGCCUAGCACAAACUUUGGCUGGCGAACCGGCUAUGGAAGCAGAAAUCCGCGCACUGAUGGCGAAAAUGAGGGAGUUCAACAGCAAAGACCCCGCGCUCCUUGCCCGCAUCUGGGAGGAAGAGCGAAGAGCAAAAAACGUCCAAAACAAAGCAACCCCCCAGCCAGCUCCAGCCCAGCCCGUUCCGACCAGCGUCACACAGGCUGCAAAUCAGAGGAAGAAGGCAGCUUCGAAGGAGACGGCCACCGCAAACACUGCGAAACCGGCACAAGCUGCGGCGCCGCCUGUCGCCAAACCACCAGGUCUGGGUGUCGCCUCAGCUCGACCAGGAGGUAGCACGAUUUGGCCGCCUGAGAAGAAAACGCAAUUGGCAGCCGCUGCUACCACAUAUCUUAAUGGUCAAAACCUGGCCAAUCCAUUAACGUCGGACCAGAUCCUCAGCAUGCUCGACGGGAACCCAUCGUACAUCGAGUUAUGCGAGCAACUUGAGGCUAUGAACCUGAAGUUGGACCGCGCUGCGUUCGCGAAGAAUCUUCUGACUGCUGUACCAGAUGCCAACUCCGCGUCUCGGCAAGCCAAGCCUGCUGCCGGUCCUGUGAACGGCGCAAUCGCGCAGAAGGCCCAGGUUGCGCCUCCGGCCGUUAUGAAAAGGGGUAUCGCAUCGCCUGCAGCAGCGAGUCCUCACCAUAUGCCGGCUGCGGCGGCCUCGCCAGCAAACAGGUCGCCGUACCCAUCCUUCCCGGACAACAGUGCCUCAGCCCCCCCCUCACCGGUUCCUGUGGCAGAAAUGGUUCCCAUCAAGCCUGAAUUGAAACCUCCGGCAAAUAAAGAAGAAGCCGCUAGGAAGCGGACCUUCAAUGAUCUCAUAGACCUAACCCAGCUAGAGGACGAAGAUGACCUGGAGCCGCCACCGAAAAGGGCCACUAUCGGGUUUAUGUACUCUUACGGUUCCCCGGGGCAGAGUUUCAACGACGCCAUGGAUAUUGACGAAGGCUCUCCUGUUGUGAACAACUUCCCCAUCCCUGCAAGGGCAACCCCUCAGCCAGUGCACGAAUCUGCCUCAGCUCCCCCUGUCAAUGAGCUAAGGUAUAUAAAAAUUGUGGAGCCUCUGGACCGCAGGAACGCGCUGCGAAGAAACACCUACAACAUCAAGACGAUAGCGCGGGAUGUGCUGAUAGCGUGCGGAAGGCAUCCUGAGACGCGACAAUUGAACCAGCAUCUGGAAGUGCUCAAGGAGCAUCUACCGCAUGUGACGAACGAUUCAGACCUGAGCACGUUGAGAUGGGAUCUCAUAGAUCCCGGAAACCCUCCGCCUGGCUACUUCAAGGCUGGAGUUCAAGCCUUAGCUGAAGAUGCCGAUGACGAAGAAGACUCCGAGGACGAGAGAGAUGCUGCGCGACGGGCGUCGACGCAAGCGAUUGGCGGUGACGCGCCUACAGCCGAGGCAAGGGUCUCAGCUUUACCUGAGGCGACUAACCCAUUCAAGCAAAAGAGACGCGGUCGCCCUCCGCGACACUCUUAUCCCGCGGAUUCCACAACACCAUCGACCCCUAAACGUGCGACUUCUACUGACAUGAGCGCAAGCGCGCCCCGCCCAGCCGCAGCCGCAGCUAGCGUCGGCUACAGCGCCUUCCGCUCCGCUACCGGAUAUGGACCUGAUGGAAAACCACUUCCCAAGAAGAAAGGGCGACCCGUCGGCUGGCGAAAAGCAAUCCACGGGUCUGCAGCGGCGCAAUCUCGACCAUCUGGAAACAAAUGGACUGGCCCUCUUCGCCAUGUGCCCUCUCAGCCGAGCUCUCUGCGCAACGUCAGCACCGGUCCGAACGAACCCAUCAGGAUCGGCUCUAGUUCGCCCGGCGUUCCGAACAAGACCAUGCGAUAUCAGUCCUUCGCAUGCAAAUGGCAAAAUUGCAAGGCGGAGCUUCACAAUCUGGAAACGCUGAAGAAGCACGUUUACAAAGUUCACCGGAAAGAGAGUCUUGGAGGCACGGGAGGCACGCUGGAAUGCCUCUGGAGUGACUGCGGAAACGAACUCGCCAGCCAUGAUCUCAUGACCAAUAUGAGGAUUGAGCGCCAUGAACCUAAAUCGUUCGACAACGAAGACGGCUGGCGGGCACACCUGGAAGAAGCGCACUUCAGUCCGCUGUCGUGGAAACUUGGUGAUGGGCCCGCUGGCGGACUUUCUGCAGAUGCGAACGAUUCGGAGGCAUACCUCAGCGAUGCCCAAGGACGUCGUGUUACCCCGCGAAUCACCCCGCGACCCGAAUACCUAAACGACGACAGUUCUGGCGCUCCGGAUGGCUCUGCCUAUGCCAAUCCUUCGUCCGCCCCCCGCGGACGGGGAAGACCGCCGAAGAACCAGCAGGAUGCUCGCGAGGUGCAGAGCCAAUUGGUUUCGCAGAAGAAGCGUGUCGGUGGACCAGGAAUGGAUCGCGGUGGAGCGACACUGGUGAAUGAGAAGCGCAGGAAGGGUUUCAGCGACAAUGAUGAGGCGGAGGAGGAGCUUGUAGAUGCUGAG